AAGCAGAGUUGGAACUUCCUUAUACGCCCGUUCAACUACCAUUUUUUUUACACUUAAAUAACGUCUCCUCUUGUUGUCAAAAGUAUAGGAUAUACCUGACGGAUUUACAGUUUGAGAUUGCUGCUGUUUGUGAAUUAUAAUCAACAAUCAAAAUGACGACCACUUACAUGGGGCAGCUUUUCCUCAUGUCUCUCUACUUUACAGUGCUUGACACAAUCCCUGUUCCUGUCAACUUUACAAUAUUGUCUCACAACUUCAAGCACAUUUUACAGUGGAGUCCUGGAAUAAAUUCUCCUCCACAGACAGUUUUCAAUUUAAAUCAAAGCUGUGGUAACAGAAAACCUGAACAUCUGCAACUGAACAUUAGAAAUACGGCAGUAGAUGUCUCUGAAACAUUCAAAGACAUCUAUACAUCCUGCACAUUCUUUCUUUGGGCAUCGAUUGACAACAUGACAUCAUCAAUAGUUAAUAAAAGUAUUACACCUUAUGAAGACACUAUUAUAGGUCCACCCAUUAUAUUUAUGUCUGGCUGUGGAGAUUGUCUGAAUAUCAGCAUCUCUCUACCCAGUGAAUCAAUGAAGAUAGAUCAUCUGCAUCCGUUUUAUAAUUCUGUGUCCUUCGAUAUAAGUUGGAAGAAAUCUGGACAGAAAGAGGCCAACCAGAUCUCUAUAUCCGGUAAACAGUAUGUCUUGCAGAAUCUUCAGCCUGGUGAACAGUACUGUGUUAGAGUAUUUCCCCAAAUCAUUUCUAACCUCAACACUCACCCUUCUGCUUGGCAGUGUGGAUACACCAGUAAAGAAGAGCCAAGAGGAAUGUUCUAUUUAAUGAGUUGGUCACUAGGAGCAGCAGUGUCAGGGUUAGGUUUGCUGUUGCUGGCUUUGAGUCUGGUUUACACUGGGUUUAUAUGUAAGCCCCCUCUUCCUAAAUCACUGAUUAACACCACUGAAGCCUACCAUCUAAUUCCUGAACAGACAUUAUUUGAGAGUGUGUGGACUGAUUCACAGUUAAUUUGGGCAUCUAAGAGUCAUCCCACCAAAAACAACAACCAAAUGAAUGUACAGGAAGAUGCAGAAAACAAGCAACAUGAAGAUGAGGAAAACUAUCUCAAUGAGGCAGAUACAGAGGAUGAGGAAGAAGAUGAAGGCAACUGCAACAACAUGGAUUGUGUAAUUGACAACAGUGGUCGGGAAACUAAUAACAGUGAAGAGAAGGCUAUAGUUUCUUUUUUGACUCUCCAUAACAGUUCAGGGAUCUGCCAUACAAAAGCAUCAUCCAUGGAACAAAUCCAUCAUGAUAAAUUUGAGUUUAAAAAGGAAUUUAUAUUAGACAUGUCUGAAGAUAGAAAAAGCCAUCUUGAAGAAAACAAUUCUGUGUUAGAAUCGAAGGGAAAUCAAGAUCGUUCAGGGCAUGUCUCUGGGAACAUCAACUUGUUUUCAGUCACUUUGAGUGCUCUGGGAUCGGAGGAUGAUUUGGAUGAGGAAGAGGCAUGUAAACCAUUACUACCUAAAUCAGUGGUAAGUGAAGUUCAAGAAUUAUCGACUUCUCACAUCUCUCUACUGGAGAAACAGAAAACAAGCCAACAGCUUUGUGCAUCCAUACAGAGAGAAAUUAAAACAGACAAUCAAAUGCAAAUGGAAUGCAAAGAUACCUCAGAAGAACAUACAGAAAGGUGUGUAUGUUCUGAUUUGGACAUGGGGAGUGAGUAUGAAACAACAUCAGGAUAUAUGAUAAACCAUACAGGAAACAUGCAUGAACAUAACAGUUCAUUGUCAGAGGGAACAGACUGUGAUACAGACUAUAUAACACGGUAAAGACGUGUCAGAACAUAUUCACAAUAUGAAUGUUUAUAAAAUGUUUGUGAUAAAAAUUGUAAAAUGUAAAUAUAUAUGUGAAAAAAUUUGGGACCAUUACGACUUCUUAAUGAAGUCUCUUCUGCUUGCCAAUGUUGCAUUUAUGGGCUCAAAAAUACAGUAAAACAAAUAUUGUCAAAUAUUACAAUUCAAAAUAACUAUUAUCUUACGAGAGUCCUCUCGUGUAGGGGAAAAUCCCUUUUUCUCGAGAAUACUGAAGCCAAAAAAUUAUCCUUAAUUUUGCAUUAAUUUAAAGCGCAUUUCUGCCCAAGCAGACCUAGGUGAGACAGCUUGCAUGCCUAUUGGUCGCUCUGCAGCAACUGCUGUAUCCUAUCGAAGGAUAAAUUAAAUUAAUGCAAAAUUAAGGAUACUUUUUUGGCUUAAGUAUUCUCGAGAAAAGGGGAUUUUCCCAUAGCAUAAGCUAUCUUACGCAACAAUCGUUCCCUCAUCUAGAGAGAAUGUCUUGGUUACUUACAGUAUGUUACCCUCGUUCCCUGAAGGAGGGAAUGGAGACGUAACACCUUUGAGUGGUUACAAAAUGAGCCAAUGGUACGCCGAGUACCUUGGUCUGCGGAAUUUGAAUCGCGAGCUCCACCCCGCAGAGUGGGUAUAUAAGGAGCAGUGCAAGCAACUCGCAUUCAGGUCCGAUCAAAACAUUAAACAGGUUCUCCCCACUCAGUGAUGCACCCACCAGUGAUGCGCAGGUUGAUCCAAAAUGAGCAGGUGCCUGCGCCUGAUCCAUAUUCAGGUCGCGGUCAGUCGGGUCGUUCGAAAUAAAGAUCCCAAUUAAACCUUUGUGAUUUAUAAAGUAAUAGACACAAUUUUUAAAUACAUAGGCCUACACUCUAUUGGCUGAAUAACUGGCACGAAUAGAGUGACCACCUGUCCCGCUUUACGUUGUACUGUACAGCAAUUUUACCCUUUGUCCCGCCUCAUGCAAACUGAGCAUAUGUCCCACUUUUUCAUUCGACCAUGACUAAUAAAUACACGGAUACGUCCAUAGGUGUACUGUUAAUUUAUGUCCAAUAGUUCAGAGGAGAGCAAUAAAAGCGUUAGUCGAUAGGUCGUACAUCAAUUAAACUGUUGACUGGUGCAUGAACGCCUCCUCCACAGUAGUGUCAACAAUCUCAAAUUGGAGCACGCGUGCACUAUUUGGUCAGGUUAGGGACUUAGACAGUAAAAGAAAGGUUAGGGGCCAUUCACAUAUCACGUCUUUUGCACGCUCAAGUUCGUUAUUUCAAAUGUAGGCGCACGGUAUGCACGCUCAUAAUGGAAGCGAUAUGUCAACAAUGGUCAACGUUGAAAGCUCAGCUAAGAUGAAGGAACAGCUGAUCAUAGCUGUAUAUGGAUUACCAUUUUUUAAUUAAUUUAACGUUAGUAGCAGAGCUACUGCAAGCAAUUUUUAGUGCUGCAAAUCCAUUUAUCCAUUGCUGAAAUUUCCGCGUCUUCAUGGAGAGAGCAGGUCAUGGUUGCUUAACAAAUGCAGAUGCAUCAGGAGCACAAGUGCUGAAGGCUUUUGGAAAAAAUCUGAAAGUGGCAUGCCUAGCGUUUUCCACGCGUUUUAGGCGUGAUAUGUGAACGGCCCCUUCAGCCAUGGCCAGUGUGGCAAUGAAAAAGAGAAGAUGCACUUUUAAUAGAGAAUGGACCACAACAUACAGUAGUCUUGGUUAAGACCUGUAGAUGGUGAAGCAGAGAGAGCAAAAGCAGUUUUUCUGUGGGACAUGGUGGAGAAUACGACAUGAAGUAACAGGGUGCAUGUGAGUACCACAGAAAAAUAGCAGAUCAUCAAGAAACAUGCAAAUCAGUGCAAUCAUUUUUCAGUAAACCAAAUGACCCAUAGGCUUACAAAGUUUCGGCAGCAGAAGUGAUGAGCAUUUAUCAUACCGUACAUUACACACAUUCAUAUCGCUCUACCCACUGCAGCAACAAGUUAGCCCCAGUAAUUUUUCCAGAUUCUGAAAUAGCUAAGAAAAAAGCUGUAGAAACUUCGGGUGAUAUUUUGGGUCAGGUAGUGUCGUAAUCUUUUAGUCGGUGGGUUUAAAAAUAAAUAUAGGCAAUAUAUUACAGGAAGCUUAAAAUGUCUACUUUUAAAUGAAAAUAUUCAAAACAAAAUACAUAUGCUAACGUUACUAUCUGAUUAUGUAAUCCAUAUGAAAUGUGCAUUUCUCUCUGACGUUCAUGGCAGGUCCAAUGCGACACAGAAAAAACUAGUUUAUUACUAAACAAUUAAAUGUCUCCUUGCUAAUUCAGACACAUUCAUAAUCAUUACUUUAAUUGGUUCUUUGUGGCAAGCCUUAUGUGUGCGGUCAUAAUGCUUAUUAUCCUGUAGGCUAUAGCCUAUUUAAGUAAUUAAAUGAAUAUAAAAGGGCGACGCGUUUACUACUUUUAAAAAAUGCGGGUCAGGAAGCGGGUCGGGUACAGUAUUUUAGUUUUCUUGUUUUGCGGUCCGAGUUGUGUUAGUUGAAAACGUCAGUCAGGUGUGGGUUGUUUAUACAUUAACCAGCGCAUCACUGGCACCCACUGAGAAACCUGAUGAAAGUGCUCUAGUUAUUGGCGAUUCUAUUGUACUGAACGUGAAUAUAGAGACACCAGCCACCAUAGUCAAAUGUUUACUUGGGAGCCAGAGAGCCUGACAUCUUGGCAAAUUUGCAAAGUGCUAGCUAAUGCUAAACAUAAAUACAGUAAGAUUGUUAUUCAUGCCGGCGCUAAUGAUGUUCGACUUCGCCAGUCGGAGAUCACUAAAAAUAACAUUAAAGAGGUGUUUGAACAUGCAAGCACGAUGUCAGACACUAUAAUAUGCCCUGCUUACCGUGGUGACAAGAUGCAUAGCAGAUUGUCAUCACUCAAUGGCCGGAUGUCUAAGUGGUGCCCACAGAAAAAGUUUCAUAGACAAUUGGAUGAGCUUUUGGGGCAGACCUGACAUGUUGAAAAGAGAUGGUCUUCAUACCUCCUGGGGUGGCGCCGCUCUUCUCUCUAGAAAUAUGGCAAAUAGUCUUAGAGUUUAUACUUGACUAAUUCGGGCCCAGGUCAGGAAGCAGACAGACUGGCUAAACCGACGUUCUGCUAGCUGCUUCACGUCACAGAGGUCAGUUAAUUCUCAGCACAUAGAGACUCUUUCACCUAGAUAUCACACUAUAGAGACUGUGUCUGUUCCCCGAACUAGAAAAUACAAAAAACAUCCAAACCAAGUUAAGAGUAACAAUUUAAUUGAGGUUCAACAAACAAAAAACAGAUGCAAUACGGAUAAACAAAUGAUAAAGCUUGGCUUAUUGAAUAGCAGAUCCCUUUCAACAAAAACACUUUUUGUAAAUAAUAUGAUCACUGAUCAUAAUAUAGAUGUGCUCUGUUUGACAGAAACCUGGCUAAAACCUGAUGAUUACAUUAUUGUAAAUGAGUCUACCCCAAGAUUACUUUUAUAAACAUGAGCCGCGUCUAAAAGGCAAAAGGUGUUGCUUCAAUUUAUAACAACGUUUUCAAGAUUUCUCAGGAGUAAUAAUGCUGAAAAUUCAGCUUUGCAUCACAGGAGUGCCAUUUCAAGGGUUGGCAUCAUCACUUCACAGGUACUGGUCAUAUGAAGUCUUUGCUCCUGCUAAUCAUAUCCAGCCUCUUACACUCUAAAUUUAGCUAUGGAUUACACCAACAAAAAGUGAGGUGAUCAUACUUGGGAAUUGGCACUUUUUCACAAAAAACAUUGAAAGACUUGCAAAACCAUGUGAACUGAGACUCAUUAUGAAUGUGAUGUCUCAUUACAGGGAUUCUUCAGGUGGUUCUGAAAGCAAAAUAGAGAAGGAGAAAAGCACAGGAGAAAUGGUAAUGUGAUGAUCCAUAUCAUAUCAUAUCAGUCCUGUGGCAUCAGUGCUCCUCCCCAAAAAGUGCUUCUACAGUAGCUAAGAAGUUUCAGUACAAAAAACAGUAGGCCUAAUAAAGUACAGGUUCACUGUGAUUAAUUAUAUAAUACAAUAAUAUUUUUUUGACACUGCUCACUUCAUUCUCACUUAGGUUCAUCAGCAUCCUUUGCAAUAAAUCUUAUUCUAUUAUUUAACUCCCCACCAAAAACAAUUUUUUAAAAGUCUUAAUUAGACAAUGAUCAAUGCAAGAAGAGGAUGUAUAAUUCCCUAAAUCUACAAAUUUAGUGAGGAAUAAUCUUAUAAUAAUCUAUUUUAAUUUACAAGGUAAUUUGAUUAGCUGUGUUGAUAAUAAACAAUUGUAUUCUAUGUGUCUUAUGCUGGGUACUCACCUAAAGAUAAAGAUGGGCUGAUUUUGGGUCGAUUUCCCCCCUUCCUAGCUAUGUUCCGAUUAUCUUGAUGGUUCUACAGAUUAUUUUAGCAGAUUUUCCCUUGGUGGGAGGUGUGUUAGGAGUGUCCGAACCUGAUCGGAAGAACGUCGGAGCCGCAUGGAUCGUGAAUUGUAAAUAUUCAACAUGUUUAAUAUUUACGAUCAGAAAUCCUGAUGUGUGGGGGGAACCCAGAGGAAAAACGCAUGCACGCUCUGGAGAGUAUCACGUGAAACGAAACAAUAUCCAAUCAGAAAACAAGAUGAUGGAAGAUGGAAGCAGUCAUGGCGCAGCACAAAGUGAAAUUUAUGUGGACAGUAGAAAUGGAGGAUCAGCUUGUUGAUUUGUGGCAACAGCAUGAAUGUUUAUACAACGUGUCAUGUAUUUUCUGGGGAAAUCAUUCCAAACACUAUGAUUGCAAUUUCUUCCUGCAUAUCACCUACCAUGCUUAUUCUGAAGUCUCGCAAGAUUUUGUGAGAUUUCCUGUGUUCACAGUCAAGAUUCUGGUUGAAAAUCUGUUCAUGUGCACUAUAGAGCAAAACGGUUAAAUCUAGGAUUUUUUUAUCCUCAUGUUUGUGGUCUAUCACAUUUUUACGGAGCCCUUCUGGAACCACUUUGUCAAAAAAAAAAAAAAAACUAACUCGUGGCCUUAAGAUAAGUUAACUCGUGGCCUCAAGAUACUAACUCGUGGCCUCAAGAUAAGUUAACUCGUGGCCUCAAGAUAAGCUAACUCGUGGCCUCAAGAUAAGCUAACUCAUGGCCUCAAGAUAGUGAAGUGUCUGACACAUAAACCCUUUGUUAUUAAACUGAAUCCUGUACUGUAGUACAAUGUAAUACUUCACAUUCUGUGCAAUAUUAUCUGUUUUAAUGUUCAGUGUAAUAGAAUUUGCUGCAGUUCGGUUUCUAUUUAUUUACUAGUACUGUUCAUCACAAUCAAUUCAAUUCUGUUAAUACAGUAAUAUAAAUCUUGUAGGCUGCAUUUCCAUAGUCCUUUAUAAUUCUUCUUCAUAUUUUAUAGCAUAUUUUUAUACUUUUUACAUGUAUAUAGGCUACUAGUUUUUUUUACCAACUUCUAUUAUUAUUUAUAUUCCUUUAAAUGUCUUGAUGUGCACAUCAACUGUGACACAAGAAUUGUCCCCCGGGUUAUCAAUAUCAAUAAAGAUCAAAGUAUUUCUGAUUCUGAUUUUAAGAUAGCCUGUAGUAGUGUGCAGACUGGUUCAUUAAUUAUUGAAGUGUUUCACAUUUUGGAAAAGCAUGUCUGUGUAGCCUACGAUAAAACGUCAGCAGAGGGCGUUCUAGGCUUAGGUCACGGUACCUCCCUCUGGCUGUAUGUAUUUAUGUGUGUUUCCCAGUUGACGGCAAGGAGUUGCGGGAUGAGAAUGCGUUAGAUGAUCAUAUGAAUAAUUAGCAUAACAAGUUAAGCAGGCUAAUUCAACAUUAAUGGCUAUCAAGUCCGAUAAAAUUUGUAACAUUAGUAACAGAGACUAAGAUAGCAGUGACUUGAUAGCCAUUAACGUUGAAUUAGCCUGCUUUACUUGUUAUUCUAAUCGUUAAUGCUUCCAGCUCGAACACCUAUAAGAGAUCGCUAACACAUGUGACCAACUGGGCGGCAACGUCAUCCGAAUGCAAAGAAUUAUGGGCAUGUUUGGCCAGUUAACAUCGUCUGGCAUAGCAGGCUAGUGUUCUGGCAUGAAAAUAAUGAAAAAUUAGCGUGAAAACUGAAUAUAAUCCUACAAAAUGCAGCGGGCUAAAGAAAACAUUGUCGGAGCAUACCGCCUAAAACUAAAUCCUAAUGCAAAGAUGAGAUAUGACAAGAAAAUAAAGAGAAUCAAAGAACUCGAUCCUUACGAGCAGAGCGUCUGGUCAAGGUAACACCCUCCAGCCCAAAAGAAGGGCAUGUGAAAAGGCUGUGUUGUGGUGCUUUUGCAGACAGCCUGAAGAGCUUGAUGACAUGUUUGCUUGCGACA